AUGCACCAGCCUAAGUUGCACUGGUAUAAAAAAAUCUGGAAUCCUGCAGUGCUUCCUUCAACAUCUGCUAAUGUUUGGAAGAUUGCUAGAAAUGUGUGUGCAACAGAAGAGAAUCUGAGGAAAAGGGGUUUUCAGAUUGCUUCAAGAUGCUACAUUUGUCAUGAUGAAGAAGAUAAUAUAGAGCAUAUCUUGUGGAAAUGUGAUUUCAGUACCAGCUUGUGGAAUUGGCUCUCAGGUAUCUUCUUAUUUCCCGAACCAAAUUCUUUUGAGGAUGUGUUGAAAAUGCAUAAAAAUUCUAGUCAUGUGAUUAAAGAGUUAUGGGUUAUCAGUUCUUAUACAGUUAUGGUUGAAUUAUGGUUCUUAAGAAAUGCAAUAUAUUAUGAUAUUGAGAAGUCUGUGUUAACCAAAAUUCAGUUAAGAAUUGCUAGAAAAGUCCAUGAUUGUGAAGUUAGACUGAAAGGUGUUAUGUGGGGAACUGACACUGAAAAAUCAAUCUUACAAUUCUUUAAUAUCCAAGUCAGGAAAAUGAGAAGAACCAGAAUUAUUGAAAUACUCUUUUAUCUGCCAAAUGAGAAUGAAUUGUCAUUAUGUUGUGAUGGGGCUUCUAGAGGGAAUCCAGGCAGUGAAGGCUACGGCUUUGUAGUAAGGAAUCAUGUUGGAGCUUUCAUUUUUGCAGAAUCUGGUGGUUUGGGGAUUACUACUAAUUAUGUAUCAGAAUUCAUUUCUUGUAUCAAGGCUUUAGAAUGGGCAGUUGAGCAUCUCUCCUUCAAGCUAGUUCUGCAAUCUAAUUCUAGUAUGUGUGCAAAAACUUUACAAUAG